AUGGAUCGCCGGGACCAGGGCGAGGCUGCGGCAGAGGAUAAGACGUGCCCGCUGGCGAUUCUCCCCGACGACGUGCUAGCGGACGUGCUCCGCCGCCUCCCGCCGCGUGGACUCGCCGUGUCCAGGUGCGUCUGCAAGGCGUGGCUCGCCGUCGUCGACGCCCGUCGCCUGCUGCGGGCGGAUCUCCUCCCCUUGUCGCUGGGUGGGAUCUUCAUAAACUUCCACAACUACUACCUCUCGGAGUUCUUUGCGCCCCACUCGGACGGCCCCUGCAUCUCCGGUAAGCACGACUACCUGCCUCAGGCCGAUUCCUGGGGCUACGUAGACGACCACUGCAAUGGUCUUGUGCUGAUCCACGAGAACGACGACAACGACGGUGAGAUUGGCUACGUGCUUAAUCCGGCCACUCGAUGGGUGGCUCCAGUGCCCCCGUGCCCACCCCCGCCCAUGGAGAUCAAGGACACCUUCCAAGUCGAGUACCUCGCGUACGAUCCGAUCGAAUCGCCAUACUUCGAGGUGGUUUCAAUUACCCGUUUUCAUUGGGGAAGAUGCAGAGUUCAAGUUUGGAACCUUGAUGAAUCAGGCUAUCAGAUGGAGUGGGUUCUGAAGCAUGACAGGGACCUUUUUAAGUGGUUGUUGAAGCAUAAGCUUCAGUAUACAGGACCUUGGGCCUUGCAGGAUAUUAAUUACUAUUACAAUAAUCGCAAUAGAGAUCACGAUAUGGAAGCACCAGCAGAAGAGAAAAUUGAAUGGACCUCACAAGCAUCUGAAUAUGAGAAAUUUACAUGGAGCUCUGAUGAUGAAUGUGGACACACUGGGUACGUGGAUAUUCUUGGGUUUCAUCCCCGCAAAGAGAUUAUCUUCUUGAGUGAAUCAAUAACGCGAGGAUUGGCCUAUCACUUGAAUAGCUCCAAGGUUGAAGUCUUGGGCAAUAUAUAUCCAGCAGGAUAUGACAAAGAAUUAUCAAAUGAACGGCUUUUAGAAUCAUCUUUUCUGUAUACACCCUGCUGGAUUACACAAACUGCAGACGAUGGAGAAUAG